UAACGAAACCCCAUUUGUAGGUCAAAUCCAGUGACCUUCUUGUCAUGCAUAAUCAUUGUUCAGAUUAGCCAAUCAGAGAGCUUUUUUCAAACGCUUUUCGUUGUGAAAAAGUUCGGGAAAAUUUCGAUAAUGGCGGCCGACCUAGAGAAUGCUAUUGAGAAAGUAUUGCAAGAUUUCAAGAUUCAAACGUUAAAGGAGGAGCAGAAGGAUAUUUUAUUGACAGCUCUGAAUAAUAAAGACUGCAUGGCAAUUUUACCAACCGGAUAUGGGAAGUCGUUGCCAUAUCAGAUGUUGAUACCUGUCCGAAAACAGUUGCAGAUUCAGAGAUCCCCAGACUUAGACUCUUACAACGUCGGAAAGAUUAUCGUUUGUUCGCCUUUAAUUGCGUUAAUGCAAGAUCAAGUGGACAGAUUGAACUCUAUUCCAAAUGUUAAAGCAGUUUACAAAGGCGAGAGUAAAGACAGUGACCAAAUUAUUGCGGAGGGCAAGUUUGAUUAUCUUAUUGCAUCGCCAGAGGUAUUGGUUGGCAACAGUGGCUUCCGGCAAAUACUUCAGGAAUUUAAAGUUGAUACAAUUGUAGUAGAUGAAUGCCACACUAUGUGCACAUGGGGAGGAUUAGGGGAUGAGGAGCAGCUGGCCUUUAGGAAAUGGUUCCGGCACCUAGGAGAGCUUAGGUCCAUGUUUCCGUCUGCAAAUUUACUGGCUGUCAGUGCAACAUGUAACAAGACAAUUCGUAGAACAGUUAUGAAGGAACUUGGUUUACAAAAAGAAUGUACAACAUUAAUUAUAAGAUCACCAGAUAAAUCAAAUAUUAAAUACUAUGUUAAAAAAAUUGACAGCUCCAUAGAAAUGUCCAUGCAGUUUUUACUUGAUUCUUUGGAAUUGGAGGCAUUUCCACGCACAAUUAUUUAUGCUACCAGUGUUAAGGAGGUGUCUGAGUUGUACAAUUAUUUAUGUAAUGAAAACCCAACAUUAAUCGAUAAAGUAGAUAUGUUCCAUUCGGAGACAUCAGAUGAAAAGAAAAGUGACAUUAUUAAAAAUCUUCAGGAUGGUGGCAGUCAAAUAAAACUUGUGAUAGCAACUUCUGCCCUUGGAAUGGGCAUAGAUAUUGUGAACUGUCAUUCAGUAAUUUUAUAUGGUAUACUGUCUACAACCACAGACUUGAUACAGGAAGUGGGAAGAAUUGGCCGAGAUGGCAAGGAGUCUAUUGCAUUGUUGUUGUACAAUAAACAUCACCUGCAACAUGCAGAUAUCAGUGUAAAGCAUAUAUACAAAACACAGACAUGUCGACGAAUUUCUAUCAUGAAAGAUUUCCUUUCAACAUCCCAAUUAGAUUCUUUAAAAACAGGGAUUCACAGUUGUUGUGAUAUUUGUGAACUGGAGUGUUCUUGUCAAAACUGUAAACAGCUGCCACUUCAGCAGUAUUUUCUUGGACUUUGUGUCAUGGAAGACUCAGAUAGUGUUAGUAGUGAUGCAACUGAUGUUGAGUAA